UGCUAUGCAGUCCCUUCUUGCAAAGAGAAAGCAAUUUCAGCGGAUUUUAAAUGAGUCUUUCCAAACUUUGAAUGAAAAACUUAGCCAUAUUUUAAAAGACGAGCAAAAGAACAGGGAGGUUUAUUCUGAAUACGCUCAGCUGGCUCAGCCUUUGUUUCAUCAGUGGCAGAAAGAGGUAAUGGAAUCUGAGAAAGAAGAAGAAAAACUAAUUAGUGUGGCUGAACAGCAAUGUCAUAUGGUACUUCAUGCUACACGGGUCUAUGAAGCAAACUUUGAAGAAGCCAAAAAGUUUUCUGUGGAAUUUUUACAGAAUAUGAAAGUCCUUCAGGAGAAGCACAAAUCUCUUCUUACUGUUGCACAAACAGAAGUGGAAAAGGAAAUGGAAAAAUCGAAGGAAAAUCUUAUGAUAGAAACUCAAAAUCAAGAUGUGGCAGCUGUUGAAAAUGGCCAUCAGUCCCUGCUGUCUGAGAGCUGUGAAGAAAGGACAUGAUCAUACAGUACAUGAUAGGCAUGAAACAUUAGCUAAACUAACAGAAAUGCUAAUAGAAAUCAGUACAUCACAUUUACCAUUAUUUUGUUACGUAAAAGAGCCCAUGUCUGCUAACAUUCAAGUGAAUCUCUAAA